CGAAUUAAUGUUUAUUUGCUGAUACCGCAUUAUCAUUUGUUUUUUAUUUAUCGUAAGGACCGCUAUUUCUGUGUACUUGUUUAAAUGCGUUUAUUUAUAUUAGCAAGUAGGUCAAAGAACAUGACUGUCGUAGGAUCUUUAAAAAGGAUUUAAUUACAUGGAAUAUUUCAAUUUCUUUACAAAUACAUGUAGUUUAUUUACUACAUUUAAUAUCUUAUUACACGAUUUACAUAUAUUGUCACUCAAUGAAGGGCGUAAAAGCAUUGACCGUUUCGGGUAAUAGGUCAUGACUGACGAAAUAUAUAUGUUUGUUACAAGUUGUCACAAACUGACGAAAUUCAAUGACAAUUUAAAUUUGCAAAUAUAUAUGAGGGAUUUAAAAAACGAUUUGAGCUCGUUCAGUUAUGGCUUGUCAAUUCGUUUACGAUAUUUUUAGUUAUUUAACACAGUUAUCAAUAACUUCGUUUAUUUUGGUUAUCACUGUUUGUAUACUGUUACACUACAUAUUCUUCUCAAAGCGGUAUAACCCUCCUUUACCACCGUCACCGAAUUUUAAACUUCCGUUGAUUGGACAUUUACACUUAUUGGAGCAUGACAUGAGAAAACCGUUCAGAAAAUACCGGAAACAACUUGGCGAUGUAUUCACGUUGUAUUUUGGUGGAAGGCUGACAAUUGUGAUAUCGGGAUAUGAGACUUUGAGAGAAGCCUUUCUUAAAAAUGGAGAGUUGUUCGCCGACCGACCAAGUCUUUAUAUAACAGAUAUUGCUACAAGAAACCGAGGUUUUACACUUGCGAAUGGGGAGCGUUGGAGGGAACAUCGUCGGUUUGCUUUAAGUACCUUAAAAGAUUUUGGAAUGGGGAAAAGCAAACUUGAGGGAAAGAUCCACGAAGAAGUUGAAUCUUUCUUAUCUGAAAUUGAGGCUCACAAAGGAGAUCCCUUUGACCCAAAGGAUAUCAUCAGCACACACAUAGCGAAUAUCAUAUGCUUCAUUUUGUUCAAAGGCCAGUUUAAACAUGAUGAUCAGCGAUUCUUAGGGAUGAUCAGGCUAUUUGACGAGAACAUGGAAUCUGCUGCUGGACUCGCAAACCUCAUGCCAUGGUUAGCUGAAUUUCCAGGUGAUCCUCUAAAGUGCAAGAAAAUGAUUAGCAAUGCUGAUAAAAUAUUUGAGUAUGUUGACGAUAUCAUUGACGAACAUGUGAGGGAGUAUGACGAAAACGAAAUAGAUGAUCUGACAAGUGCUUAUAUUAAGGAAAUGAAGAGAAAGGAAACCAAUGGGGAAACAACUACAAUGUGCUUUGAGGAGCUGUCGGGAAUGAUUGGAGAUUUGUUUAUUGCUGGCUCACAUACAACGACUGCAGCAUUAAGAUGGGCAAUAGUUUGUCUUGUUCAGUUUCCCGAAAUGCAAGAGGAAAUGUACGAGAUUAUAUCCUCUAGGAUCGGAAAUGAGAGACUGCCAUCUACUAUGGACAAAACCUCAUUAGGAUACAUUGAAGCUUUUUAUUUGGAAGUAUUAAGGUAUUGCACUAUAACGAUAUCGAGCGGAGUCCAUGCUACAACUAGAGAUUUAACCUUCAAAGGGUUCACUAUUCCAAAAUAUGCGCUUAUUAUGCCAGAUGUGUAUUCUGCUCUGCAUGACCAAGACACCUGGCAUGAUCCCGAAAACUUCAGACCAGAACGUUUUCUUGACGAAAAUGGCAACAUAAGAAAGCGAGAAGAGAUGAUAGCGUUUUUUCUAGGAAAGCGCAAUUGUGUUGGAGAAUCUUUGGCACGAAUGGAAUUGCUGCUGUUUGUAGGAGCUCUUGUUCAAAGGUUUCGUUUGGAGAGUCAAAAUGAUGAAGCAGUUUCAUUAGAACGCGUUGACGGUGUAUUUGGAUUAGUGCAUACACCAAAGCCAUACAGAAUUGUUGCAACUUUGCGCGUUUAGAACAGGUGUAAAAGCUGGCUUCGAUAAUAUGCAAUAUAACUGUUACAAUAGAUAAUAUCUGCCUCUUUUAGAACAGAAAAGUAUGUUGAUUUGCUGAUGGAUGUUAAAGCAUCGGUUGAGAUCUUGAGAAGCAAAUUGUGUCGCGUGUCAUGCCAUCGGCAAAUACAUGUUGAUAUAGAUCUUUCAGUUACAAUACAAAUGCCGGUAGUAUAUAAUGAAUAUAUAAUACACACGUCUUAGGACAUUUAUACAUGUUUUCUAUUAAAAUAAUGAUAAAUAUAAUAAUCAUGGAAUAUUCGUUAUUGUAAAGAAUACCAUCUAUAUGUUCUUUCGACAGUCAGUACUGUUUGAUAAGAGUUGUAGGUAAUGAUAAUGUAUAAAGUUGUCUGAAGUUAUCAUAUAAGAAUAUUGUUACAUUUUCCUCUUUAUGUAUAAAAGCAAAUACUGUUUAAAGCGAAAUUGUGAACCGUAAUUUUAUGUGUAUUGUGAUUGUUUUUAAAUUUUCGACUAUACAUUAAACCUCAUUUAAACAUG